AUGGCCAAAAGGACGAUUUCCUUGCCGAAGCGCCCUUCGGAUCCGCCCGAGAUUGUUAAUGAUCUGGGGCUGGAACAGAUGACGCUGCAAGAGAUCUCUCCAGAGUGCGGCCAGAACUCGCCGAAUCUGCUGUUUCAGCUCGUCGCAGUGUGCUCGCCAAGGAAAGCGGAGCUGAACUGGCGGCGUGUUGAUCAGAGCGGGUACGUCCGGGAUGCGGGGUUGAACGAGAGCGGUCCAAACGUAGAGCUGGUGCCAGAGUGGGCUCUGCAGCAAGACUUCCCCCGAGGUCUGCGCUUUGGCUGGCUGCACCUGCUAGAUGUGGAAUGA